AUGCGAAAUUUUGUAGUUUCUUUCAUCAAUGAUAUCGCUAAAACGUUCAGUUGCAAGCCGGAGUAUGUUCGUGUGUUUGAACUUGCACGUGGUAGUUUAACGACGAAGUGGGGAUUCACCACACCCGAUCAAAGCUAUACGCAAGAUCUUGCUAAGAAAUUUGUGGAGGAAGCAACAAAACCUUUUUCGGUUGACUUACUUGUGCUUUCGAAAACUGUUCCAGCUCACUAUCCUAUCCAAUGGGAACAAAUACCUAGCACAUUACAGCUACAACCCAGCGACUUUGAACCGAGCCACGAUCGGGAUUAUCGCAAUUGCCCAGUCUCAGAUUCGGUGCAGCAACGUGGUAAUCGUCCAUACUACCGUCCCAUCGGUUGGUAUCGUCAUGCGCUGCGUGCCAUAAAUAAGUAUUCUAACGACAAACCCUGGUUGGGCAUGAACAACGGUCCUGGUGAAUGGCCUGUUGCCUAUCACGGCACCAAAAAGGAAUCUGUAUCACCGAUUAUAAAAGGUGGAUUGAAGGCAGCCGUCGUGGAUCACUAUAAAUACAAGGCUAUGCAAGAGAAAGGUCCACAGGCCGAAUAUGGAAUAUAUCUUGCGACGUAUUGUAACAAAGGAUCCGAUUCAGAGCGAUAUGCCGCAAGCUUUACUGUGAAAAUGCUGCCUGGUACUCCAUUUAAAGAAGAGACAUAUAAGGUUGUGUUUCAGUGUCGCUUCAAUCCCAAAACAUUUACAGAACACGAUUGGGCCUUGGAAAGCAACGGUGAUCCUUUGCGAAAGGAAAUACGGGUUUACAAGAUGGAUGGCGUGCGCCCUUAUGGUGUCUUGUUGAAAAAAUGCAUCCCAGUUGAUCCUUGUAAUUUAACUGGAGUAUGGACCUGUGAUGAUGUUCAACAUAACGUAAAAGAUGCCGGAACAUAUUUCAUAGGUCAAUUCGAUGAACACGUAUUCUGGUUUGGACGAAAACAUAAAGCAUCGUGGGAUUUUGCUAAUACUAGUUAUGGUACUAUAAAUAAAAAUGAACGCAAAUUGAUAAUACAAUGGGGCGAUUUGCCGCUUGGACAUUGUAGACUUUCUGGUAAAUUAAUACUAGGAAUAUCAUCAGACUAUAAAAGUAUGACAAAACUCGAGGGCAGUGAUAAAAUAUUUGCUGGUACAGAUUUUCGUAAAACAUCUGAAGAAUAUGUAGGCAAAUUUGAAAUUGAUACAAGUAUGAAAUGGGCAACAGCAGAUAAUGAAAUGAGUGGUUGUUGGAAAGGUGAUGAUGGAACACGUUAUAUAAUUGCUACUUUUCAAAAUAAAAUAUAUUGGUUGGCGAUCGAUGAAGCAAUUAGACGGUCACAUGUUGGUGUUGGCACAGUUAAUGGCAGCAUCCUUACUAUUAAAUGGGGUGAUAUAAUAAGUGAUCAAGAAAGAUUCCACGGUGAAAUAGAAUGUCGCAUUGAAUCGCCGGAUAGAAUUAUUAUCGUAAAAUGCAUUUGUGGUCAAUUUUCCACGAAAGAGUUAACACAAGUCCGUUCAUCAUAG